GGGGUUUAGCCAGAGUAGAGGCAAAAGCAAUCCCCCACCCCCAGCCUCCCUUCCCCGCACACACACACAUCCCCACACUCACACCCCACCCCCUAGUCUGGCUGGGAAUUUGAACCGAUCCAGCCUGUUUAAACGGAAAGGACACAGAUCUUCAAUGUAAAAAAAAAAUCAGAUCAGACCCAGAGAGAGAGAGAGACGGAGAGGGAGGAGUGUGUGUGUGUGUGAGUGUGUGUGUGUGUGUGUGUGAAAGAGGGAGAGGGAGCGAGAGAGCGAGAGAGAGGGAGAGAGAGAGAGGGAGAGAGGGAGGGAGAGAGAAAAGAAGAGGGGGAAAAAAAGGAAAGAAGAUUUUCUCUAUGUAUAUAAAGAUGGCCACGUUAGCAAACGGACAACCAGACAAUACCAGCCUGAGUAGCAAUCACAGCAACCCCAGCACCAACGGGCAUAUGAACGGAUUAAACCAUAGUCCCGGAAACCCAUCCACCAUCCCAAUGAAGGACCACGAUGCCAUUAAGCUCUUUAUUGGGCAGAUCCCCCGUAACCUGGACGAGAAAGACCUCAAACCGCUCUUCGAGGAGUUCGGGAAGAUCUAUGAACUGACGGUGCUGAAGGACAGGUUCACUGGCAUGCACAAAGGCUGUGCCUUCCUAACAUACUGCGAAAGGGAGUCUGCUCUAAAGGCCCAGAGUGCACUGCAUGAACAGAAGACACUGCCAGGGAUGAACAGACCGAUCCAGGUGAAACCAGCGGACAGCGAAAGCCGAGGAGAAGACAGAAAACUCUUUGUGGGCAUGCUCAAUAAGCAGCAGUCAGAAGAUGACGUGCGCAGGCUAUUCGAGGCAUUUGGCAACAUCGAGGAGUGCACAAUCCUACGGGGACCUGAUGGCAACAGCAAAGGGUGUGCAUUUGUGAAAUACUCUUCACAUGCGGAGGCCCAAGCAGCCAUCAAUGCCUUACAUGGCAGCCAGACAAUGCCGGGAGCCUCUUCAAGCCUGGUGGUGAAGUUUGCAGAUACAGACAAGGAGCGUACAAUGAGACGCAUGCAGCAAAUGGCAGGACAAAUGGGCAUGUUCAACCCCAUGGCCAUCCAGUUUGGAGCAUAUGGCGCCUAUGCACAGGCACUGAUGCAGCAGCAAGCCGCGAUCAUGGCGUCGGUGGCGCAGGGCGGCUACCUGAACCCCAUGGCAGCCUUUGCUGCAGCCCAGAUGCAGCAGAUGGCGGCUCUGAACAUGAAUGGCCUGGCAGCCACCCCCAUGACACCAACCUCAGGUGGAAGCACGCCUCCUGGCAUAACUGCACCAGCUGUGCCUAGCAUCCCAUCUCCAAUUGGGGUGAAUGGUUUCACUGGCCUCCCGCCGCAGGCUAAUGGGCAGCCCGCCGCAGAAGCCGUGUUUGCUAAUGGCAUCCACCCUUACCCAGCACAGAGCCCCACUGCAGCAGACCCCUUGCAGCAAGCUUACGCUGGAGUGCAGCAGUAUGCAGCUGCUUAUCCUGCUGCUUAUGGUCAGAUUAGCCAAGCGUUCCCACAGCCACCUCCCAUGAUCCCACAGCAACAGAGAGAAGGACCAGAGGGCUGUAACCUGUUUAUCUACCAUCUGCCCCAGGAGUUUGGGGAUGCUGAGCUGAUGCAGAUGUUCCUGCCUUUCGGUAAUGUCAUCUCCUCGAAAGUGUUUGUGGAUCGGGCGACAAACCAAAGUAAAUGCUUUGGUGGACCCACUCAGCAGCAGCUCCGCAGUCCUCACUACAGGGAAGACGCGGACCUCUUGGGCCGGGGCAACACGGACAAGGUCCGGCCACGGACCUCCACCACCACCACCACCACCCCCCUACCUCCUGCGGUGAUGGCACCUAGGUACGCCAAAUCAUCGUGCACGUGCCAGCACCCCCCAGCACAGCACCCACCAACACAACGUUGCCUGACAAGACCACGGCUCCCAGCCCGCCGCCACCACCCGCACGCACUUCCCCUCUUCCAAAAGCUUCCAGAAAACACGGGGCAGCCUCCCUCGCACCAGCAGAGCACGAUCCUCGCUGCUGGAAGGGACCCGAAAACCUCAGCGAGUGCAACCUCCACCUCCUCCUCCCCCCCACCAGAGAUCUACAACCAGAGCGCACCUGGCUCAGCUCCACCUCCAGAGGACUCUCGGACACCCCUCCUCUAG